AUGUUCUUCUCUUCUGGAAAAACAUACGGAUAUUUCAUUGUUCGCCGUUACUGGCACUUCGUAUUAUGUUUAAACUGUUUCCUGCUACUUGUCCUAUGGUUCUAUAUUAGCAAUGAUCGACCCCAGCGGGUACUUUCAUCGCUUCAGGCAACUCCAAUAAAUGUUACCAAAGUUCCGUCGAUCAAUGAACGAAUAGAGAAAAUCUUUCCAGUACAUGCUCCCGUUAUUUUUGCGCUUGCCAAUCUCACACAAAAAACGACGGCUUACCAAAGACUCGGUCGCUUGUUGCCGUUACAGUCAGACGAAGACAGAUGGAUUGACGAAGUUAUUUAUGACCAGGAUCCCAAAAAGCGAUAUGCCUGCGACAACCAAGAUUUGCCAUACCCAAUUCUGAAGCGCAUCAUCACCCAGACAUUGCCUGUCCGAGAUCCCCAAACCGCGUAUGAACACGCAUUUGGAGGUUUGAAAUCCCCUUUUCUACUGUUACCUUUCAAGCGCUCAACGCAUUUGAUUCGAGGCCAAACUAUUUGUAUCCGUGCCAUUAUACCCAAUAAUGUUGAAGAGAAAACCAACGAUCCAUUCCAUUUCUUGUACCAACCUUACGAUAAUGUCGCCUUUUUCAAGAAAGAAGGACCCUGGUGGGACACCAUGAUGGUUUCCCUAAAUCACAAGGACGCCGAUACCUCUAUGCCUGUGCAUAUGAAACCAUGGCCAGGACACGAAAUGAUACGGUACAGUUUCCUUGCAGAAGCGAGGAGCGAUCCGUCGUGGUGGAGCAGCUACGAUUUUACAAUGAUCGAGCGUACCGCGAUCCAUAUAUACGAAGGCGAAAUCGAAAUACAUGAUUCAGGGACUUAUUCACUGGAGGGACUGUUGGAGUAUACCGGGGGACAGUGGAAUUUUGAAAAAGGACCUGUAUUGCCGUACAAACCCACUGCAAUGCAAGUUUUACCAACGGGAACCGACACAUUUCAUGUUAAGCAAUCAUUAGAAGAACACACGACGGAUGUGGAAACCGCCACCAAUAUUUUAAACGAGCAUCUCAAUUUGCCGCUUUGCAAAGGAGCUGAUCAUGCCGGUCGGUGGCUAUCAUGGCCAGGCGAUCCACAGCACGCUAUACAACGGGUAGCGGGACUUAAUCGGCAUAAUAAAUUCUGGGCACCGUAUAAUUGCAGGUAUCGGCAUAUAACCUAUCCUCAGUUCAAUCGAUGCUUAGCGCGCAAGUAUUCGCUCGGGAUUGAAGCUUAUGGUGAUUCCAACAUGCGGCGCUCAAUCAAGAAAUUCCUGAGUCGCGGUCGAUGGUGCCGCGAUUGGAGCAAACGAUGGCAAAUGGACAUACCACUCAGGAGUUUCCCAGCGAAUUACACCACACCAAUGUAUGCGUCCUCUCCUGCCGACUGGAAGUGGACGAUGGACGACAUGCAGCCUGUUGCUUGCUAUUGCGAGGAUUAUCAGGAAAGAAGUUGGAACCGAGCGUGGUUUGACCCGAUGACGCGACGAAAUAAUGUCCUGCUUGAAAAUACCCCAGAAGAAUCUGAUGCGCUUGGUUGGGAUACGGAAUGGGAUAGCGGAUCUUAUGAUGUAACGACAAGAGAUGGCGCCAUACUGAGGAGCUAUAAAUGGGAUGGGCUGACGGCAUUGAACAAUCCUUCAUGGGAAUCAGCGUUUACAGACGGAAAUGCUACGUCGACUGGACGACCGGAUAUCGCCAUUUUUUCAUUGGGCAACUGGGACGCAACGUAUAUGCGAUUCGAGGAUUUCGUGCAUGAAUUGGACAAGCUGAACACUCACAUUCAUGCGCGUUUCAUUGGUCCGGGUAAAGAAGAUGGGCGACAAACAACGAUCAUUUACCGUACAGCGCAAUACUACUGUUGUCGAGUUGACAAUACCGUACGUCGUAGAAGACUAAACUCGGAUCGGGUGCGAGCGUUUGAUUCAUUUGCACGAAUGGUGUUUAAAAAUCUGCUAAAUGCGGUUAUUUGGGAUACAUUUACAAUGGGAGAAUCGCAAACACUGGAUGUCAAGAAAGAAUCCAUACAAUGUGCGUCCAACCACGCGGCGGCAGACCACGUAGAAAUAGAAAAUCAGGUCCUAAUGAACAGUUUAUGCAAUUCAUAA